GGCCACCGUAUUCUCUGUUGCUACGGCAACGCUCUGAAGCUUAGUCCAAGAGGAUCAUGGGAAGAAAAUAGGGAACCUGUAUCGGAGGGACAUUCGAAAUGUUACAUCUUAAGCUGCAAUAAAACGUGUUAUACGAUAGAUUUGAUACUGUUUUUGCGGCUCUAUGGCGAUAUGAUACAACGUCUUCAGUGAAUGUGGCGGUGGUACUUUGAUCUGGCUGUAUUUCGGGACUACUGCACCGCAAAGGAAGAGGAGACAGCUAACCACGGGGAGCUAAUGCUAGUUAACGUCUUGAUGAAAGACAAAGCCUUAAUGCUGUCAACUGAACAUGGAGCUAAAGCUGGAGGUCGUGUUAUCAUCCAGCAUCAAACGGAAGAAACCAUGGCCGAGAUUCUGUUGGCUCGGGAAGGAGAAGGAGUCUGUGUUCCUGUUGGAUGACAAACGUAUCAGUGAGAUUAACAUGGUGUCUGGUCGAACCAAGAAGAAGACUCCUAAACUUCAUCCUCUGCUAAAUAAUGUUGUGACAAUGACGUCAUCUCACAAUGGUAUGUGGCUGUGUGGACUUAUGAUGUCAGGAGAACUGUUCCUGUGGAACAGGGACAAAGACUUGUUGAAGACUGCGGCAGCAGUACCUGAAGUUGUUCAAAUGAUUACUGACACCCAAGGGAAUGCCACAAGACUGUCACUCCAGGUUUCAGGGGACGGGAUGCGUGUGCUCCUUGUAGCAGUCACAGGGCAAGUGUUCCUGUGGGAGUGCAUAGAUGUCAAGGAUUUGACGGGGGUACGAGACGGCACAGUCAAAGGACAGUGGGCACACAUCCAGCCCCUUGAAGACUCAAUUCUGCCCUCCUCACAAGACAAAGACGCAUCCCUACACGCUCUCUUCAUCAGGACUGAGGUGAUGGGUGAUGCCUGCUUGUCAGCGUUUGUUUUCACAUCUGCUAAGAAGCUAAUCAUCACCUGCCUAAAACUUCAGUGGGAAGAGAGCCGUGUGAGAGUGGGUUCUGUAGGAUACAGCAUACAUUGGGCCACCAAGACAUACCCCCUGUUUCAUCUCACUCCACCUUGCCAACCAGUGAAGUCCAGAGGGGCCUUGGUGCCAGCCUUUUCCCCAGAUGGAUGUCUGUUAGCCAUUGUCCUAAAUCAGAGACAGCCCAAGGCUACACAGGUACUCUUUGUGAGCACACAGAAUUUUGUCUCAAUAUCAAGCAGCCUGGGAGGAUGUGGGAGCAAAAAAUUGGAUAUUCCCUCUAAAUACAUAAGGUCCUACUGGGUGGGCAGUGUGAGCUGGUCCCCUGGUGGUCUUUUCCUGGCCUGUGUCUUGAAGAGAGGCUCCCUUCUUAUGCUUUCCCGCCUAGGAGGACUUCUUACUUUGUCAAGCUCUGGUUGCAGUGUUGAUUUCGGGCCGGCACACUUCCUUCCCCUGCAUCCACUCGUCACAUACCGGCCGCCAGCAUCAGCAUGUAACAAGGAGGCUUCUCUGUCCAGCUCCAGCUUGUCUGUGCGGGAUGUCCUUCGGCAGCGCUAUUCUGUCACCUGGCACCCUCGGCUGUUGUAUCUCAUCGUGUCUGAUGGCUACAUGGCCACCGUCAUGAGGGUUCUGGAUAAACCUUCUCCCGCACUGUUGCUGAAAACCCUCCUGAGGGACACAAGCAGAGACCUCGAGAAGGCCUCCCAGGUUCUGGAUAAAUCACAGAUUCAUGUGAGGGCAUGGCUGGAGUCUGUAUCUUGUCUGAAUGUUGACAACAACUCUGAGGUGUUCAGCCCCAAUGUCACACAUUGGCCCAUCAUGGCAGACUCUGUCAUUUCAGUGGCCACAGAUGGAUCCACUGUACCACUUUUUCUGCAGGAUCAGGGGACUUUAGGUGGCACCAAGGAACUUCUUCAGAAAAUGCAGACUUUCUUUGAGGAUGAUUCUGACUUGGAUGGACCUCCUGCUGGUCCGCAUACCGAGGAUCGUGGCCAUCUAGAGUUCGCCUCAAUGUUUGACACACUCCAUGCUCUGGACACACAGACCAACACUGGACUCAUCACUAGCCCUGAUUCUGAGCAUGACUUUUCUGAAUCAGAAAGAAGGACUCCUCUGCAUCAUGAGCUUGGCAAAAUCCAGAGUAAGCUCUUAACAGCGUGGGCUUUUGGUAUGUCUUUGGGAAAUGCUGUAGAAAACAGACAUCGUCUGCUGAAGUAUAGCCUCCACUGUGUUGUGCGAUUUGCUGCUUUACUCCGAUUGGCCCACAAAGGGAAGAAGAACUUCUCUGAUCCAUCUUGCCCCCUGAACCUCCUUAAAAACCUUCUAUGCUUCCUUCCCUGGGAUGGCGCUCACUCAGAUGGACAGCUCUGCCUGGGACUGAUGGUUGAGCUUAGUAAAUGGUUGAUUCGCCUCAUGCUCACCCCUCACCCUGACUCCCACCAGACUGAUCUCUGUCAGUUAUCAUCCCAUAAUCUGUCGUCAGUCCUGCUCAUCUUGCAGCUGGUCUCUGAUUCUCUGGACCAAACAUACAGCCUGCAGCAGAGAACUUUCUGGUCCUCUGAAGAGAGGGAAUCCAAGCCUCUACAGCGCUGGCCUUCAGAUGCUCACCAUGUGCCAAUGUUACAGGAAGGGAAGAUGGAGGAACCCAGCCUUAUGGAUCAGCCAGGACCUGCUCCUCAGAGACCAUCAAGCAGGUUGUUGGGAGUGUGGCAGUGGGUCUACAAGAUGACCCAGCAAUAUGUGGAGGAUCUAAAAGCCUUCCAAGGAUUUGAUGGCCUGGAUGAGGAGCUACACAAGGUGUCUGUCAUAAUGUCACAGAUCCAAACAGCUGUGCAGGCCACAGGAGAGAGGCUUGAAGAUGGUCCUGCUCUGCUGAGUUACCCAGGUGAACAUCUCUUCCUGUUUGGCGCGUACAAAAAAAGUGCAGAUUCAUGGCGGUCGCAAAUAUGUGAGGAGAGUCACAAAAGCUGCGAUCGUAGUGUCUUCAAGGAGACCCGGCUCUGCCUCGCGCUCCUGUAUAGCCUGUUAUCAGAGUAUCGUCUGAGAGAAGCCCAGGAGUUGGGUGACCACAUGGCCGGCCUGAUCCUGCACAGGGCUGGAGAUCAGAUGGACAACUGUACAAGUGCAGCCGCUAACUCUCUUCCCUGCCCAUGGCUGCCAGUGGACCUUCACAGUGAAGCAGCUCGUGCUGUAGUUCAGACUCUGGGGAGAUUCAUGGCUUCAUAUUUCGCAAACCAACCUCUCUACAUCCUGCCACCUCACCAUGUUGCUGUCUUACCUCCACUUCAUCUGCCUCAUGCUCCUAGUGUUGGGCGCUUGGUGCCGUUGUGUCAGGAGGAGGUGGCUAAAGCAGUGCGACAACAGCAGCUGUCAGAAGUAUGGACGGUAGACUACGCCCAGGACCUGCUCCUGCUUGGAGGUCUCUUUCCUGAGACAGUUUGGCUGGCUUACCAUCUAGGGGACUGGAAAACAGCGGUGUCAAUGAGCCUGGCUUAUACAAGCUACUGCACUGAGCACUUUGACUUCACCCGGUUCAGGAGGAGAGAACUCCACCUCCCAACAGAUCUAGAACCAGAAAGCAUUUUUCAAGUGGAGUUGGAGUGUCUUCUCAGCAACAAGUCUGACUUUCAGGAGCAAAGAGAUACAGAUGAUGACAAGAGUUUUACUGACCCACUGGAAGGAGAAGACUGGAACUUGUUACAAGUUUCCAUUCAGGAGAUUCUGAAGGCUUCUGUCAUGGCUGGAGUGAAUGUUCUGUCUUCACCUUUAACUUCUUUGCUGGACGCAGCCAAAGAAAUGUGUUCUUGCCUUCCAGCCUUGGUGCCAAGUGGACUGUAUUUGCCUUCUCCACCACUUUAUUGCCCUCAGCCUUCACCCAACACACAGGACUCAGUUGGGACGAUGGGGCAUUUUGCAGAAGUUGCAUCCCGUCACAAAGUGUCUGGAGUACUUCAGAGAUUGCUGAUGCUUCUAAGAUCUGCACGUUGCUGUCGUCCUGCUGCUGAGUGGUACAUCAGCAGUCUGCGACGUGCCAGACAUAUACUGCACAAGAUCAAGAAGACGUACUCCAAUCCUUCAGCUGCUUUAGAAGAAAAAGCCUUACCAGAGACCCUGUUGAAGUUCAUCUCCCGCAGAGGCUUCUUCAGAAGGGGACCUCAGAAAGAUGGCCGCCUGGACACUGACACGAUUCAAGCUAUCGUCUGUUUCAGGGAGCUGUGUGCUUUAUGCUGGAUGCUCCAUGUCAGGGACCAGCUCUCUAUUUGCUGCAGGAAGUAUCAGGCUGCCAGACAGGGUGCCAGAGAAGAGCAGGUCCUCAAUGACUCAGAGGUCAGAUCCACCUGUACUGAUGCUCUCCAGUGGGCCCGUCGUUUGCUGCCUUUCUCCUACUUCCUCAAUGCUGAGGAGAUCCUGCAGGACAUACUGCUCAGCCUUGUGUCUGAACUUCCUCCUCUCUCGCUGGUGGCAGACACUUUGGUUCGAGCGUUUCCAGAGGAGGAAGAGUCCGUCAGAGUCGCCCUGAGAGAAAAGUAUAACUCAGCACUGCAGAGACUGAGACAAUGCAAUGUACAGGAGGGGGAAGAAGAAGACGUGAGCGACUUGAUGAUUAUGGUGAUCCAGGACAAACGCAGACAAAGAGGGAAACACCUCAAGCGUUUGAAGAGGCACCUGGCUCCACCUGAGCUCCAUCUGUGGGAGAAAGAGGAGGAAGAGGAGGACAGGGGAAGCAAACACGGGAUAGCCAUGCUGAGGCAGCUCUCUCUUGGUACCACUCUUAGCACCAGCACCUUAACGGACUGUGGCUUUCCGCCAGUUGGCAGUGAUGGAGACACAGCAGAUACAUCGGAGGCUAUUUCUUCAGAAAUAAAUGACACGGCAAAAAUCAGGGGCAAGAGAGCCAAAAAGGUACAAGGGAAAAAACAUGCAAAAAAAGCUGCUGUUAAGAUCGACAGCGUCAUUCAGGAGGAGAGUCACCCAGGUGAGGACAAGGAAAUCGAGCAGCCCCAGCCACCGGUUGUUGGAACCUGGGAGUUUGAGCUGGAAGAUGAAGAGUUUCUCAGCUUCCUGGAGCUCUUCCUCAGCUAUGUGUUGGGGAAGGAUAGCGCUAAUGAAGGGGAAUCAGGUGGAGAUCUGCCUCUAUUGAAGGGCUUUUCCUCCCAGCUGAGGGAGCAAGAGCUGCAUUCUCUCACCUUUGAUGUGCUCACAACUGCUCGACGCCGUCAAAGAGAUUCGCACCAUACAGCAAGGAAACACUCGGGCAAUGAUCCGCCAGUGUUCAGAGCCGGUUGCUGCUACAAGCCAGUGAAACAAGGAGCAACACCAGAGAAGCAGACUUCAUCUGUAUUGGGGGAAGCAUCCAUCUCAAGAACUUCUGUCAGCUCACUUCCUGGGCUGAGAGCUGGCAGGAAAGAGGGUUUGUUUGGCCUCCGACAGCAGGGCAGUAAGGCUAUAGACCAAAGAAUGAAGGUAAGACUCCUUGGUCAUGAAGCUAGCCCUGAUCAAAGUGCCUUUUCCACGAGGCAGCCACCAGAGAGCUUCACAUUCGGCUCCUCGACAUCCGUGGAAGCAGUGACUGACCUGCAGCGAGGCCUGGACCCUAAACUGGAGGCUCAGUUUCCAGAGCUGGGCAGGCUCCUCGAGUGGAUGGUACGCUGGGCUGAUAAGAGAGUGCUACUUGGACAUCAUGGCAAAAAGAAGAGAGACAGUGGAGGAUUGACGCGAGGAACAACGGAUGAAGGAGUGGUGAUCCGUGUCAAAACCUCUGCCCCUGCCGUCCUCACGUCUCUCAGCUUGCUGCAGCAGAGGUUUACGGCUCUACUGGGCACUGACAGACACACUGCACACAUCCAAAUUCCAGAAAUGCAAUGGACGGUUGCUCCUGUGCUGCAACCUGAGGAGGAGAGGCAGCUGGAACGAGAGAGCAGUGUCGAUACAGGAUACCCUGGAUCUGCAAAUACUCCCAUCACCGGCCUAGACCACAAUUUACAACCGGGAGAACUAUCUGUUGGCUCUUGUGCAGAUGAACCAGAGGAACUUGCAUUCAGCAGCACCUCCCUUCCUAAUGACCAGGAGGAACUGACAUUUGAUGCUCAGCAGAGACCAUCCACUUCCCAACAACUGUGUCUUGAUGAUUUGGACAUUACACCAGAAAAAGAAGGCAAAAGCAGUGAAAGCGAGGGCUUGGAGGUGUCCUCCUCUAUUUCCAAUGGGAAAAUUUUGGGAAACACACUUUUGGGAAACACCCUUGAUACGAGUUUAAAGCUUGCAGACUUGGAUUUGUCAGACAAGGCUGGAGACACGUCCAGUUCCACCACUCUUCCCAGUCAGGCUGGAAGCCUACAAGCCCCACCAGACCCAGAACCACAAGCUCCUCCUACCGCCCAACCUGAUGCGGAGGUCCAUGCAGAGCUUUCUGUUACACCUGAAGUGCUGCUUUCUGAUUCACCAGUGGAUCCUCCAAGCCUCCAGCCGCAAAGCUUCACAACAGGUGGACCCACUGAGGCCUCUGCUGCUCCCAAUCCACCAAUACCCACUGAGGAUCCACAAAUGAGGCAACGUCUCGGGGAAGACUUGUACAGACUGGUUCAGAAUAUUAACUACAUGAGUCUGAUGGAGGUUUUAGGAGCCUCCUUUAAUAACCUACAAAUUGCCCAGCAGAGCUCCUCUUUGGCCCAGUCUAACAUGAACUCCUCACACCCUCAAGUGCCAUCAUCUUACGCUGGCAAUUUCAUCCCGCAACAGAAUGCCUUCCCAGUUCAAACCACUGUUUCUGUGACACCUCAGACACAAGCAUGUGUUCAAAAUUCAGUACCCAAGAACCAUCAGUUUAGUCAGGCCCCUGUGCAUAUGUUUGCAGACCAGCCUGCCAUCCAUCCACCAAACGGGCAGCAUCACAUCACCAGGAAUCCAGCCUCCGAUAUAGAAUAUCAAGAAAUGCAGCCACUUUCUGUGCAAGCGAUGUCUCCAGAAAUCCAAUUCAGGGAGAGCAGGAGGUUAAUCCCACCCUCACAGGGGCUUCUGGCCACAAGUCAGGCCAUUCAUAGUUCUCACCUGUUACCACCUUCUCAUGAAAACAUACAAAAUGAUCCUCCACCUCAGUUCCCAGGCUUGAAAUUGCUUCGCCUCCACCAUUGUCCCCAGGCUGCCCCACUCAAUCCUCAAACUCUGCACAAUUCAAAUCCAUCAAAGGCUAAAGAAAAAAGACAAGUUUUCAAUCGUUCCCAUAGUCCAACUCCUGUGAUCCCUCAACACAACGUUCAGAUAUCUGAGAGAAGCAGAGAGCAUGAGUUCUUGAUACUUCCUCCAGCUUUUCCAGCUCACACACCUGCACCAAUGCAAGGCCUUCGUCUGCUGCACUUUGAGCCUCAUCCGCAAAAUAGUGUUGCAUUCCCAAAAAUACCCGUACAGUCUUCCUUCAGGUCGGCUUCUGUCAUCGCAGCUCCAAGGGCUGAAGCACCAAUCAAGCUUCUUCAUUUAGAUCCUGGACCAAAAAUGAUGAUUCCUCAGGCGGUUUCUUCAGCCCAGAUGACUCGUCUCAUGUCCAUGGAAGAGCUGACAAAAUCAGUGAUGGCGAGGCAGAAUGCUGAAGAGGCUCAACUGCGCCUGCUCAAAAUCAGUCUACCUCCUGAAAGCACGAGAAGCGCUGCCACUACUCUGAGCUCUGACUCCAUCAAGAGGCAGAAGAGGAGAGAGAAGGCACGAAAGACAGAAGUCACAUUCAAACCAAACGAGUCACCACAAGUUACUGUUGUGACUCAAGAGCCGUUGGAUGAACAUGAAAAGAAAGAGCCUAAAGCUGCAGAAGAGAUCCUCACAGGACCGUCUGAUAAAUCGGGGUCUGAUGAUUCGUUGCUGACCGGUCAGAGAUUACUGGAUAGAGCUAUGUCCACUGCAGCUGAGCUCCAUGCCUUUGCUUCCACAUGUAAGAGACCUCCAGAGUGCCAUGAUGCUUUUACAAACACAGAGCCAGCCUCUCCACUGCCACUGGUAGAUAAAGCUGUGUCUGCCUCUGUUACGGCUCAAAGCCCUAAAUCCCAAAGUUCAGGGCCUCUGCAGUUUUUCAGCCAGCGCCUUGCUCAAGACACAGAAGAGGCUUCACUGGGAUUGGAAGAGAACCUGGAUCGGGGCAGCCGUCAGUUCCUGAGUGUCUUGGAUCUAGAAGACAAAUCCCUGCAUCAGGAUUUGCCCCCCUGUCUCAGCCCAGGAGCACGAGAUAUUUCCUCCAACUACCCUUUUACUUCUACGUCUGCUCAGCUUCAUGCUCUUGCUACUUCUGUUAUAAGAAGUGCUGCUGAUCCACAACCCCCUGUUACAACUCAAGAGGAUUUCCUGAAUGCCACAACUCUCACAGAUAUUGCAGAGGAGUCACCUUCAUGCAGCCACAUUGAGCUCAGGAGAGAGCCAGAGAGAAUCACUCUUGGAGACAUAGAAGAUCCGUCUGACUCUGAAAUCUGUCAGGCCAUAAAGAGACAGAGCAUCAAACCUCCAAGCUCCUCAUCCACACCACCUACAGUCUGGUUCUCCUCCAGACUGUCUGAGCUGGAUGCUCAGCUGGCUGCUCUGCAGAACAUUGCAGACUUCAUAGAGGUGGACUUCUCCAACACCAGGAUGCUGGUGAACACGAUUGAAAAGCUUACACCGGUUUUGUCUCCUGAUGCGAAGACUGUCACAGCAGUGAAGAAAACAGUCAGGCUCUCUGUCCCACAUGAAGCAUGGACAGCACAAGUCAACCCUUCAAAUGAACCAAGUAUCUUAGAAGAAGAGGAAGAAGAUCUGCAAGAAGAUGAUGAAGUGGUUUAUGAUGACUCCCUUACUCCUGACAGGACGCCAUUUUUCCGUUAUUCAGCUUCUCACGAUCGAAACGCUGGUCCUUCACAACUUCACACCCAACCAAGGAUAAAAGAUCAGCUGACUGGAACAUCUCCUGGAUUUGCAGAUGAGAAUCUGGGUCAGAGCGAGUUAUCCGAUACAGCAGAAAUCUUAGACGAGUUGGUGAAGGAAGGUUAUCUCUCUCUGUCUGACCUGGAUUGGUCUCAUCCGCAGCCUGCACAUCCUACCAGCAGGGAGCAGCAGCAAAGAGGCUUCGUGUUGCAGAAACGGGCCCGUCCGGAAGAUGAGAGGAGGGAGCUGAGGAUCUGGAUGAGGAGAAAACAGAGGGAACAGCUGGCUGUUUAUCAGAAACAAAGAGCAAGCCUGAGGGAGAGGGAGCACAAACCUUUUUCUACCUCAGGAUCAGGAAAGUCAACUAGCAACAAUAGAACAAUUACUAUGAGAAACAGAGAGGACAAAGAGAAGUUCAUGCUUCUGGAGCAGUUCAACCAGAGGACACGUGAAGCUUUUUCAUUGGCGAAUGACUUUCCUGCCGCUCCACCAACCAUACGCUCCUCUUCAAGGACCGGAGUUUCACCGGUUCCCUCAGCCACGCGAUCCAACUCUGCUCCACCACCUGGCAGCACUUUCAGGGUUGCAGAUGAUAAAAUUAGUUUAAAGUCAGUACAAGCUCUACCCAACCCUCGACCAUGGACUGCAGAAACACAGAGGUGGCCAUCAGAGGAUCACCGCUGGAGAUUAGGACUACAUAGACCAGUGACCUCUCUGCCAAAGGAUCGUCUGUCUCAAGUGACCAGACGGGGCAUGCUCACUCAUGCAAAGAGCAAAUCGAAACAGCAAACAUCAGGCCAGAGUGUGGAACAACAUGUUGGACACUGGAGAAAAACAGGCCUGAGCAAAAGCCCUCCAAGGGGGACAGCUGUAGGGAGAGGAAUCCUUAGGGAUAUGAGGAUGGAAGAAACAGCAGAGUCAAACACUUGGGAUGGCACUACUGGCUUAAACAGACUGUUGGGCCCAGAGGAGAGUAACAGGGUUGGGGCUGAACUGUUGGAUGAGCAGGAUGACGCAGCCAGAGCCGGAGUGUUGGACAUGGACUGGCUCGACAACCUUUCGGAGACCGGCAGCAACAUCAGCAAAAUAGACUGGGCUGCUAUAGAGAGGAUGGUGGCUGCAGAGGACGCUUAGACUUAUGUGUCAUGAUUAAAAAGGGAAAAAUAACACCUAAAGGAAACUUCAUUAUGUGGUAUCAGAAUAUCUCUAAUAAUUUUGCUUAAUUGGAGGUGUAUUUUAUGUGCCUUAGAAAUACCUAAAGAUAAAUUGAACUUGAACCAUGAUAAUCACAGUUGGAAAUUCAUUAUUAUCUUAACCGUGAUGGAUUUUUCUUAUUUAAAUAAGUGAAAUAGUUGCACUACAGUUUAUACACGAUACAUUCAUUUUGAUCUCAUAUAUAUUUCAGCAGAAUGUGUGUUGCACUUAAAUUCCUCAUAGAAAUUGUAGCUUUGUGCCAUUUUUCGUAAAGUUUUCCAUAUUUAUCAUUUAUUUUUGUAUGGACUUGACUGUCCCUACCAUUAAAUGUCUGUUUUUUAAUAUUUUAA